CAUUUAUUUAUAUUUCUUAUUUACUAAAUAGUAUUUAGUAACUUGUUUACAAAGUUAAAGACAAUGAAGUAAAAUAUUAAUAAUAUUUCAAAGAAUAAUAAAUUGAUUUUAUAGAAUUUAUAACUUUAGUAUCUAUGGCGGUAAAACGGUGGCUGUAUUUUCUGCGAAUCAUGAAUUUGGAUAUUGACUAUCAGAUUAUUUCGUGAAUUUAGUUAAUAUAACAAUUUAGAAUCAACCAUCAUUUAUCAAUAUUUAGUUCCUUGGUGAAUAAAUGAUCUAAUACUGCAAUAGACAUUUUAAUUCUGUGGUAAUAGUACUGAAGUAACAAAACAAAUGAAAUAAUAUAUUUUAUUAUGUUACCUGUGAAAGGGAUAUGCAUGGAAAUGUGUCCAGAAGAAGAAAUAACUAGGUAUGAGAAAAUCUAUGAAACUUGUACACCAGUUAGAAUGUAAUCCAUAUAAAAUGGUUAAAUGUUUUAGCCGUUCAGCUGCUGGUAAUUUAUUAAGCAAACCUCAUAUUUUAAGGCCACCACCAGUUCUGAAAAAUACUGUUAAAUAUCUUUUAAAUGAAAUAUUUCCAAUAACUAAUAUACCAUUCAAUAUUGUAUAUGAUUUUAUCAAUGACCGUUUAAAUUCUAUAAAGCAAGAUGCCACUAUACAAGAAGUGUCUAAUCAAGAGUGGAUGGCUAUUUUGCCACCUAUGAUUCGGUUUUAUGCAUAUGCAUCUUAUAAAUGUUAUGAAUAUGAUGUUAACACAUUUGAUCCAUUUUUAAACAUGAAGCAUUUUCAUGAAAACAUUUUUAAAAUUGUUAAAAUAUUUUUAGAAGACUCUGACAAAUUAACAGAUGAACUUUGUUCUGAGAUGGUAUCUCUUCUGAUUGUUUCUAAUUUAGGUGAUUAUAAUGUUCUUCAACGUGUUUUGCCGUUUAUCAAAAAAAAAUGUGCUUUGAUAAAAAUGGCAGUGCUAUUAUCAUUGAAUAUUAUGAAUGGUAAUUUUGGACAGUUAUUUGAAACAUACAAUAAAUUUCCAGCAAUGCACCAGUGUGUUAUUAGUGUACAAUUACCAAUGCUUAGAAAAAACAUAUUAAAAUCAAUGUGUAUGGGUUUUAAUUGCAAAAAUAACUACUUUCCAAUUUCAAUCUUAACUAAAAUGUUGCUGCACAAUAAACCUCAAGAAACCAUUAAAGAGUGUCAACAUUAUUGUUUAACUGUGAUUGAUGAUAAAGUGGAAUUAUCUAAGUCUUCAUUUAAUAAUGAAGUGGAUGAGUUACAUUUGAAAAAGGAGAUCAAAUUCAAUGUUAAUGUAUCAACAAUAGUUCUUAAUAUUUAAAAAUAUGAUAUUUUAAAUAUCUGUAGAUUAUUUGCCCCAUUGAAUAUAAUUACAUUUUAUUACUCAAACUCGCAUAGUCGACAAAAUCUCAUAUUCACUUAAAAAGAAACUAAUUUGCACAGGUACCUUCUUAGACGUAUCUUAAGCGUUCGAUAAGGUAUAGCAUCAAAGCCUCCUUUUCAAAUUAAAAUCAAUAUUUCCUCCAAACUUCUACUUAAUCUUUAAAUCGUAUCUAGAAGACAGGCAUUUCUCCGUACGAUAUGGCUCAGUCCUAUCUGACAUAUCAUUAAUUAGAGCUGGAGUACCGCAAGGAGCUGUAGCGCCACCUCUCUUCUUCAAUCUGUACAUAUCAGAUCAACCCACCACCAUCCUUACCACCACUUGUGACUUUGCUGAUGAGUGAUGAUAAAGCUAUCCUGGCCCUCUUCCAUGACCCUCUCGAGGCAUCCAACAGAAUCCAAACUCACCUCGACCUAGUACAAAGAAUGGGGAUUCAAACUCAACGAAUCCAAAUCUAUACACUGCACAUUCAUUCUCAGACCAAUAAGCUGCCCUUCUAUCACACUUAACAACCAACCUUUCCCAACCGCUCAAAAUGUGCGUUACCUAGGCCUAUACCUAGAUCGCUGGCUCACCGUGGGCUACCCACAUACGUUAUAAACGACUAGUACUCAUUAAUCGCCAAAGACAGCUUCGCCUCCUCCUCUCUUCCAAACACGUCUUAUUAAAUAAUAAAAUCCUUAUGUAUAAGGUACUCCUCAAACCUAUCUGGUCCUAUGGAGUUCAACUCUGGGGAUCAGCCAAAAACUCUAACAUAAGCCGAAUCCAAACUUUCCAAUCAAAAUGCCUACAACAGAUAACCCAAGACCCCUUUUAUGUGUCAAAUGACACCUUACACAGGGACCUCAUUCCAACAGUAAAAAACGUCGCCAAAACCCAAUGCAAGCAUUUCCACCUCAAACUUGCUAAUCACUGUAACCCUCUCAUCCAAAACCUCUCUUAACGUACAAUUCCAGGUGACCCUGCCUGUCGUUUAAAACGUAGCGGGUGUCGUGAUCUUUUAGUGGACUAAUUUACUAGUUUCUUUCUCGCCAUGAAGUGCUAUUAUUAAAUAGCUCCUUUAACCAAGCCAACCAUGACCUACUGUAACCCUCCAUUGUGCUUAUUGUAAAUAUUUCUGUUACAGAUUGUACAAAUUAAAAUAAAUAUGUU